AUGUCAACAGCUAUCGCGGCAUGCACGAUGGAAGUUGACGAUACGGAGUUUGUCCAACAGCCGCAACAAAUGUUUAUUCGGCCAGUACACUGGCACAUGGAUUUCCUCGACGUUCAAGAUGAGCUUCCGCACGGGAGCAACGUACUGUACCUCGAGCAGUUCCGGGUGUCAAAAGAUGUCGUCGCCCGCGUGUCGGUGCGGAGUCAAGUGCAGUUCUUCCAAGACCACAACCACGUUACGUUGGCCUACUAUCGACAGCUUGGUGAGCGCGCAAUAACCAAAGGCUUGGUUGACGGCGGAUUCUAUGGUUCGGAUCCGUAUGAACCUGACCGCGUGCGCUCCAGCUGUGAAGCAUUUCGUCCACAAGUGUCGUGGUGCGUGAUGUCGGUGAGUUGGGAAGAUUCGUCGCUGUCUUUGCGGGUGGUGAAGGCUGCUCAUCUGACAGCUUUAUAUACAGCCAGACGGAGUUUGAAGGAAGCGUACUUGGCGGUUACUUUUACUUUGGUGAUGCUGGCGAAUACGGACGGCAGACCCAAGACUGCCAAGGAAUGUUGCAACUACAGACACUCCAAGGCCCGCAUUGUCGUGGAGCGUGCGUUUGGCGUGCCGAAGAUCAAGUGGAAAGUACUCUCAAGCAACUUGCGGUUGCAGCUUGAAUACUCGAUUGAUGUGUUUGCGCUGCAUUACACAAUUUGUGUAUUGCCUGCAAUCCAUGGCACAUUGAUGACAUUUCGGACCUUGUGGUGCGGACGAACCAAGAUGACGUCUUUGAUUUGCAUUAAGACGCACUCCAAACAAUAA